AUGAGUGCAUUAUACGAUCAAGUUUUAAAAUCAAAUAUUUAUAUUCAACCCAUACUAUUCACAUUAGUUUUAGUCACAAAUAGUUUCAGUAUUCGCAUCCUCUCCUCCAAUGCUCUUCGUAGUUCACCUUGCUCGCAUUAUUUCAUUGCUUACGCAAUUUUGAACAUUAUUUAUAGUUGUCUGGUAUGUCCAACACAAGUUAUACGUGCUUUGUGGAUCGGAUGGGAGAAUACACCGAUAGGAUGUAGUAUAUACUAUUAUAUCCUAUUCUUACCGCCGAUACUUGCUCGGGUUAUGCUCGUUCUAGCGUCAUUUGAUCGAUAUUGUUCCAGUUCGAAGUCGCGCUCAUUCAAUUCAGCAAGCACGAAGCGAAUAGCACGUCUCACAGUUAUUAUCAGUAUAAUAUUAGGUACGAUAUACAUGAUACCAAUGUUUGUCAUUUACUAUUUCGAUCCAACAAUUGGCCUAUGCCGCCUAUACACUACUCUACCAGCCAAUCUUUAUACAUUUUCUCAAGUCAUCGGUUAUUACAUGCUGGGACCAUUAUUAAUACUAGUUUUUGGCACUCUGACCAUUUUCAAUAUUCGUAAGCAUUCUAUCCGUACAGGAGUACAAAACGGUCCGACGACACCCACUCGUCGAACAGAAGGACAAUUGGCACGUAUGCUACUUCUUCAAAUAUUCGUUCAUAUAAUUCUAACCACUCCGUUCGGGGUGAUCUAUUGUUUAAAUGUGUUUAUUGCAGCGACGCGUACGCCGACCAUAAUCGCUAUACGAAACGGAUGGCAAUUUCAAUGUGCAAAUACAACUUGUUUACCGUCCAACACUUUUCUCACAUUAAAUGUCCGCCAAUGUCAAACAAGCUGCUUAUCCGAAAUCUAUUGUAAAGCCAUCAGUUUUCAUCGGCUAGCCACCCGUUGUAAUCUAUUUGAUUACAUACCUGAUCUAAAUGGAAACAUGGUUGUUGAUACAGAUACCAUAACGAUGAUCGUUAUUGCUGAGACAAGAAUACCACCCGAACCUAUGACAACUUCAACAACUACAACUAGUAUUUCUACAACCAACAUUUUGUGCACGUCCGGUGGAACACCUCUUACAUUUGAUGAUAUUCCAAACGCAGAUAUCUUUCAAGCAGCUUUACCAUCAAAUUAUGCGGGACUGAAUUGGGCCUCUCCAUGGUAUUUAAACACGAGUGUAUAUCCUAAUUCUGGUUAUUAUUAUGUUUGCGGUUCUGGUGUAUAUGCAAUAUGGUUCGACACUACUCUCACAAUAGAAACACCGUCAGAAACUAAUACGAUAUCGCUCAAUUCUUGUCGAAUGGCAGCAGGAUGGUCAAACUCGACCAAUUUGACAAUUACUGGCUAUUAUUCAAAUACACAACUAUACACAAUUACAGUUCUAUUGAAUACGUAUCCAGCAAUUUCACAAGUAUUCAAUUGGCCAGGCCUGACGAAAAUUUUCAUGCAAUCAUCGGGAUCAGGUUCAUUGCAUAUUGGUUUGGACAAUUUAUGUAUCACUUUUUAA